CGUCCUCAUUUUUGUCUCUCUCUCUUCACUGGUUUCUGGGGAGGACCAGAGGUGUUAUUGGAAGAAAGAGAUGGCGGUUCUUCAAGUUGUGUCUCCCCUCCUUCCAUCCUCAUAUUUUUUCUCAAAAAUUUCCCAAUCUAAACAUCAAAUUCCCUCCAAGUCCUCACUCCAACAUUACAAGCAUCCACAAUUCUCAUUGGUUUCCUCGUUAAGUAGGAGAAAUUUCAAACAACAUUCAAGUUUUGGCAGGUUUACAAUCACUUGCUCUGCUCAUGAUUCUGCUAGCACUACAAAUGAGAAAUCUGAAUUUGUGAAAGAGAAAAGCGUCUCAAUCGUUCUUCUAGCCGGAGGACAGGGAAAAAGAAUGGGUGCAAGCAUGCCAAAGCAGUACCUUCCACUUUUAGGGCAACCAAUUGCUUUGUAUAGUUUCUACACUUUUUCACGGAUGCCUGAGGUUAAGGAAAUUGUUGUAGUUUGUGAUCCAUCUUACCAGGACAUUUUUGAAGACACCAGAGAGAAGAUCAAUGUGGACCUGAAAUUUGCAUUGCCUGGAAAGGAAAGACAAGAUUCUGUGUACAGUGGACUUCAGGCAAUUGAUUUGAAUUCUGAACUUGUAUGCAUCCAUGAUUCUGCAAGACCUUUGAUAUCAUCCAGUGACGUAGAAAAGGUUUUGAGUGAUGGUCUGCGCAUUGGAGCAUCAGUACUUGGUGUUCCUGCUAAAGCUACCAUCAAAGAGGCAAAUAGUGAAUCCUUUGUGGUGAAAACUUUGGACAGGAAAACACUUUGGGAAAUGCAAACCCCACAGGUCAUCAAGCCUGAGUUGCUAAAGAAAGGUUUUGAGCUUGUAAAUAGAGAAGGGCUUGAAGUGACAGAUGAUGUGUCCAUCGUAGAGCACCUCAAACAUCCUGUAUACAUCACAGAAGGAUCUUAUACUAACAUCAAGGUUACAACCCCUGAUGAUCUAUUACUUGCUGAAAGAAUACUAAACACAGAUUCAUUUGUGCCUGCGUAACGAUGUUUAUUUCCUUUGACUCUGUAAAUGUUAAUAAUUGGUUGAUUAUUGGCAAUUGAGGGAUACCGCAACAAUAGUUAUUAUAAACCGGAUUGGUUUUGAUUCAUGCAAAUUCCAUUUAAGAUUCUUAAGCAACUUUUAUGAAGCCAAGCAAAUGUUGAUUAACAUC